CUGUAACUUCAAAAGUAUUGCCGGGAUACCACGUGCAUGCGUCGUCCGUUGUUAUUACGAGUUAUUACAAUCGGCAUUCGUGCUUCAGAACUACGACGUGCUGUGUUAGUUUCCACUACUCCCUCUUUCUCUCCUCUCUGUCUCUAUCUUUCUAUUUUUAAACGGACCACGCUACUGAGAGGCUAUUUCACUGUUUCCGUAUUGUUUUCUGUGUUUGUUUUAAAUAUUGUUAUUAAAAUUAUUAUAACUGGAUACAUGUGCGCGUGAUAAUAUAUCAAUAAUUAAAUACAUAAUUUAUUAAAAAAAAAAUAAUAAAAAUAUUAAACAAUAAUAAAAAUAUUUACUAAAUAAACAAACAUAUUUUUGUGUGAUAAGUAGUGUCUAUUAAAGUGAAGUUUUUUUUUAGUAAAUAGAAAUACUUAGUGGUUUUUUUAUUUUCCGUGUGUCGAACCCGUGCCGGUGCGGGUGUUGGCUGAUAUUGAUAUUGAUUAUUUUUUUUUUAUUUAUUUACACAAAAUAUUUGUUUUUUUUCUGGAACUGCUUAUUUCAAGGACUUGAGGGGAUUUUCGGAUCACUAUUUAUGGAUAGCGUGAUUUUUUAGUUAGCUAAAUGGUAUUUUGAACCCCCUGGAUUGAGGACGACCAUCUGCACAGAAAAAUGAUUUUCUAAAGUCAUCAAUAAAUCACCGACGCCGAGGGUAAAAUUCACGAGGUACAAAAGGGACUAACAAUAACAAUAAUAAUGGAUAUAUACGAUAUGGGAAGUGACCUGCGGGAUCUUUGGGAAUCGUAUUUGGGCGAGCCGAUACUGGGCCAAGACAUUCUCAACAAAGACGACGACUGGAAUCUUCUGGGAGUGAAAGAGAAAAGCUUAGAAGUUGUCUUACGUGAUCGUUUGAUGACUGACGCUGCUCUAGGUGGCACAAGACCCAUUAAAACAGAACACAGUUACAGUUUAUUGGCUUACAGUCCACCAGCAUCUCCAGUUACUACUAAUUGUCCGUCACCGUCACCCGCAGUCAAUGUUUCUUCUAACAAACGGGAAAUUGAUAUCGAAGGACGUAUAAGAAUAGCCACUAAAAUGGAUGAUAUGGAAGAAGAAUGUUUCCCAGCAAUAUCAAUGAAAAAAGCAUCCAGUCACGGUCGCACAUCACCUUCAACUUUAUCAGAAGUCACUCACGAUAUUUUAGAAGCCGUGGAAGAGUACAUGGAAAUAAAAGAAGAAUCGGCGCAAUCAACAGAAAACACCAAUGACGAAAUAGAAAUUGACGUUGACAUCGACGACAAAAAUUUCAUUGAAAUGAUUGCACCAAAUAGAUUGCACCUGAACUUAAAAGUCAAGGAGCAAUCUUUGAGUGACAGUGAAGCUGAUGAUGAAGACUACGAAGAUGCUGUUCUUGAUGAGUAUCAUGUCUCCCAGCUGAUAAACAGUAACAGUAGCUGCAACGAUGAUACCCAAACGUCAUCCCAGAGCUUACCACCGACACCACCCAGUAGCAAUAAUUCUGACAGUGAAAGUGGAAGCAACGGUGGCGUAUCAGCAUCUUGUUCGCCAAUAAGACGCGCUGAUAAUAAUAAUAUUUGUACAGUACAAAAUAUACGGGGUAUUUAUGGACCACGUUUGUAUGUUACCAAUGGACAUACUACCAGACAACCUAUUCACACCUCGUUAAUAUCAUGCCAACCGGGAUCUACCGGCACGUUGAUACUUACCGAAGAAGAAAAACGCACAUUAAUAGCCGAAGGUUAUCCAGUACCAACAAAAUUACCAUUAACAAAGCAAGAAGAAAAGUCCUUGAAAAAAGUCCGUAGAAAAAUAAAAAACAAAAUUUCCGCGCAAGAGUCCCGCAGGAAGAAGAAAGAGUACAUGGACGGCUUGGAGAGAAAAGUUAGUUUGCUGUCUAACGAGAACAUUAAUUACCGCAGCCGCGUCAAUACACUCGAGCAAACUAACCGGGAAUUAAUGAAGGAGCUUGAGCGUCUCCAAGCUCUUGUUGCUCGUCAAAAAUCUUAGGUAAUUUAUAAUAUUAUUUAUUUAAAGUAAAAGAUGAUAAAAAAUCAAUCAUUGCAUUAGAAAAAAUUGGUCUU